CAUGACCCCAUACGGCUAACCAAGAGAGAGAAAGAACGCCCUUAAAAAGACCGUUUCAAUAGACGCGUUGCGUUGCGCUCCGUUUGGUUAGAAAACCCAGUUAGAUAGAGAGAAGAAGAAAGCGUUUCUGGAAUUUUCGUUUCGCUGGUGUAUCGUGUGCGUCUGCGUGUGGAGGUUCUUUUCUUUGCAACUUUCCUUCAAAUUCUAGAUUCCUUCCCUUUCUUUUCUUUCCCUUAUAACCACCAACCUCUCCCCUUUCCCCCUCGAUUUUCCAUCAUCCUUCUCCCUAACGGUAUCGAGAAAAAAAAUGGCGGAGGAACACAGAUGUCAGGCGCCGCGCUUCUGCGCCAACAAUUGCGGUUUCUUUGGCAGCCCUGCCACGCAUAAUAUGUGUUCAAAGUGCUACCGCGAUUUCCAGCUCAAAGAGCAGCAAUCUUCCAACGCGAAGAUGGUUCUGAAUCAGUCUCUCGUUCCGCCACCGCCUCCGUCGGUGAUUUCUCAGCCGUCGUCUUCUUCCGCUCCGGCAGCAGAUCCGGCUUCGGCGGUGGUUGUUGACGCGCCACGCGCGGCGGAGGAGCUUAAGGCGCCGCAGCAGAACCGGUGCAUGACUUGCAGACGGCGCGUGGGGCUCACGGGGUUUAAGUGCCGGUGCGGGAUGAUGCUUUGCGGGACCCACCGUUACCCGGAGCAGCACGCGUGCGAGUUCGACUUUAAGGGAAUGGGGAGGGAGCAGAUCGCGAAGGCGAAUCCGGUGGUGAAGGGCGAGAAGCUCGAGAAGAUCUGAGAGGAA